AUGCAUCUAAAUAAUCUACUCGAUCCCAUUGUUCCAAUUGAAUCGGAAGAAGUCAUUGUUGCCAGCGGCGCAACUGCAAUAGGGAGCAUGCUUGGAUUCACCCUAGCUGAGCCAGGCGACGGCAUCUUAAUCAGCAGGCCAGCUUAUGGACGAUUCGAGCUUGAUUACGGUGUCGAAGCGGGUGUGCAGAUGGUAUAUGCAGACACCACUGUGGAGGAGGCAUUUGCUCCUUCUGUUGUCGAGAAGUAUGAAUUGGCCCUGAGAGAUGCUCGGGCGAGAGGUGUGCAGAUCCGGGCAUUGAUGCUAGUGAAUCCGCAUAAUCCUACCGGCCUUUGCUAUUCUGUUCAAACCCUGACGGAGAUUCUCAAGUUUUGCAAUAAGCACCAGCUUCAUCUGAUCAGCGACGAAAUUUAUGCUUCAUGCGUUUUCGAUUCCGGAGACCCAUAUGCCGUUCCAUUCACCUCUAUAUUAUCCCUCAGUACCCCGAAGCUGAUCAACCCUGACCUGGUGCACUUGUUGUACGGAUUCAGCAAGGACUUCGCGUCCGGCGGCCUCCACCUAGGCUUCCUUAUCACAAAGAACAAACCCCUACGCCAUUCCUGCAAUGCAAUCCUACGCCUCCACAGCGCCUCCACAGCAGCCGUAACAAUCGGAACCACCAUCCUCGAAGAUCAAGACUUCGUCCACAACUUCACUGCCAAAAGCCAACGAAGUCUUGCUUCAGCGUACCGAAUUGCAACAUCAACUCUUGCCCAGGAGGGCAUUAACUACAUCAAGGGAGGAAACGCCGGCUUCUUUAUAUAUAUCGACCUAUCACCCUAUCUUCCAAAAGAUAGCAGUAGUAAUAGCACGUCUCCGCCUGAAUUCGCCCUCGCUCAGAAAUUCGUUGACGCAGGAGUAUUCCUGCAUCCAUGUGAAGAGCAUGGAAAUAUACCAGGGUGGUUUAGGCUUGUCUUUGCGCAGGAGGAGGACGUGUUGAGGGAGGGGUUGAGAAGGAUGAUCGGGGUACUAAACAGUUUGGCAUGA